UUUUGUUUUUUUUAAAGUCUAUCCUACUGGGCCAUUCUCUCCUAAUUAUGCUUAUAAAUCAAAUUCAGUGAUAUUACCCUGUAUUCAUUUGUAGGUGUUCUAAUAAAAUUUUAGCGAUGAAGCCUUUUAGAAAGUAAUGCUCUUUCCUUGGUGUUGUUUUGGGGAGAGAGACCGGAUUAUCCUAAAUGUGUCCCUCUCUCUGGGUGCCAGCUGAAGUUCCUGUCUUUACCCGACACCUGGAUGAAAGAAUUCUUCCUGGCUCAUAUAUACACAGAAUUGCAGCUGAUAGAGGAGGCCUUGCAGAAGUAUCAGCAUCUCAUUGAUGUGGGCUUUUCCAAGAGCUCAUACAUCGUUUCCCAGAUUGCAGUUGCCUAUCACAAUAUCAGAGAUAUCGACAAAGCCCUUUCUAUUUUUAAUGAGCUGCGGAAACAAGAUCCUUACAGGAUUGAAAAUAUGGGACACAUUCUCCAAUCUUCUUUACGUCCGGAGCAUGAAGUCUGAAUUGAGUUACCUGGCCCAUAACCUCUGUGAAAUUGAUAAAUACCGAGUAGAAACAUGCUGUGU